AUGGAUCGUUUUUUAAUUAAGAAACGUAAAUUAAGCGAAGAAUUGCCUGAUCCUUCUAAUGCUCAUAGAGUUGAUGUUGAGGAAUUGCCUGGUCCGAGUUUCAAUCCUCCUAAUGUUGAGGUGAGUGCGAGUAAAAAUGCUAACGUACGAUCAAAAAAUAUUAUCCGACAAUAUCACGAAAGUUAUUUAUCAUUUGGUUUCACGUCGAGUGGUGGAGAAAUGCCUAUACCUCAAUGCCUCAUGUGUAGUGAAAAAUUAUCUAAUGAAAGUAUGGUACCAAGUAAGCUGAAAAGGCACCUGCUUACAAAACAUGGUUUUGCGUCUGAAAAGCCUCUAGAUUUUUUCAAAAGGUUAGCCUCAGAUCAAAACAGACAGGUUUCAAAGUUUAUAAAACAUUCAACUGUAUCAGAUAAGGCACAGGAAGCUACCUAG